GAAAAAACUCACUUUUCGUCUUCAUCUUCAGAAAUCGUCGAUCUCCUCUCCAGUUUUGGGUGUCUUCCGGUGACGACGAAGCCCAACAUUGGACCCAUCUAGAAAUCUCAGCUCCUCUGAUUUCAAUAGUUAGCAGGAUGUCUCACCAAUUGAAUGAAGAAGAAUUUGACCCUUUUAUCGAUGAUGUAGCAUACAACACUUAGAGCAGUGUUCAAAUAUUGAGUUCUUGUGAAGAAUUUAUGGGUUCUAAAAAGAAAACUACCAAUCGUGGUGUCAACUUCUCAAUUGAAGAGGACAAGAAUUUGGUAUCCGCUUGGCUUAAUACAAGCAUUGAUGCAGUCCAAGGUACCGACCAAAAAGCAAAGACAUUUUGGUCUAGAAUUACAACGACGUAUAAUGCGACUAAAGGCUCUAAUCAUAAAGUGUGUACAGACCGAUCAUUGAGUAGUCGAUGGGCAGCCAUCCAACUUGCGGUAAACAAGUUUUGUGGAUUUCUAACUCAAGUGGAGGAUUCCCGACCAUCCGGGACUACCGAGAUUGAUAAGGAAUUUGUUGAGGCACCAACCCAAAUGGAACUUGCAUAUGGGACAAGCUUCAUCCAAGAGAAAGCAUGCUGAUUCCACCUAUAACAAGGCCCAAGAUCCAAUCAACUUGGAUGAGGAUGGCACUACAGGAUCAUUUUCGAUUGACCUAGAGAGACUAGUUGGUAGAGAUGCUGAAAAGGAGCGGCAAAAGAAAUGUAAGACCGAUCAUAAAGAGCUUUCAGAUAUCAUAGGACAAUUGACAAUUGAUAAGAAGAAAGAACAUGAGGAAAGGAUGACAUUGGCUGAAGUUGAAGGUAAAAGAGCUGAGAGGGAAUGGUAGGAUCAUUUACUUAUCGAAAAUGAGAAACUUCAAGUGGAAAAAAUGAGAGUGGAAGCUGAGAUGCAAAGAGCUGAAGCUGAGAGACAAAGAGCCUUGGCAAAGGUAGAGAUGGUAGAGCAACAAAAGAGAGAAACAGAAUUCCAGAUAAUGAUGACUGAUAUACAAAAUUUGAGUGAUGUGCAGCGUGAUUAUGUGCUAUCACUCCAAGCUGAGAUUAUUGCUAAACGUCGGGUUAUAUGAUCUUGGGUCGUUAGAGUAUAAUCAUGUUUCCCGACUUUUUGUUAAUGCAUAUAGUAUUGCACUCUGUUGAACUGUCUUCUUGUUAUUAGGUUGGACAUAUUGAAUUUGAGUGCUUCCCAUACAGAGGAUUCAUUGUCUUU